CGGAAAUACGUAACUCUCCCGCCGGCUGCCGGGAAGAAGCUCGGUGUCCCCUGGCCAUGGCGGUGGUGUCCGCGCUGCGGGUGGCGGGCCGGCGGCUGGGCCUCGGCGCUCCGGCAAGCAGGGCGUUUUGGGGCGGCCUAAGGAAGGAGGAGAAAGAAGUAGAAGCAGACAAAGUAGUUCAUCAAGAGAAGACUGAACCCAGCCUGAUAUGUCCCCCACCACGCAGCAGAAACUACCUUCCUCCAGAGAAUAUACAGAGCUGCCUUGAGUCUUACGUCAAGGAGAUUUUUGGACCCUCACUUCCUGAUACUUGGCAGCAGACACCUCUCAAAGAAAACAGGUUAAAGUAUCGCCUCCUGGCUCAGCUGGCAGCAGAACUUGGUCAUGCUGUCCCCAAUUCACAGCUCCACCUGAUGCGCAGUGCUGAGGAUGUCCUGAAUUUCUAUAGCACUCCUGUGAAGGAUGUGUCCAAGUUUGAUGAACUGUGUGCUGCAGAGCUACCCCCAAACCUGAAGAUUAUCUGGGAGCAGUGAGUUGCACCACAAAGCAUUGCUUUGCUUUGCUUGUGUUCUUCAGGCGGGACUGCAGAGCAGAAGAAGAGCCCUUUCAUUGUAGUAUUGACCAAAUGUAUAAAUAUCACUAAUAAAAGUUCAUUUAAUUGUC